AUGAAUGAAGAAAUAGAUGAAUACGACAUUUACCACCAAGAUUUUACUACCGUAUCAGAAUGGGAGGUAUUUGUAGCACGAAUAGAAGAGGUACUGAUUGAUUGGAGACUGUCUAAAUCCACAAUGGUUAAGCAUUCUGUUGAAAAUCAUGCAAAAAAAUGGUUUACAAAAAGCGAAGAAAUAAGCUAUCAAGGACAGAAAUUUACUCUUUCUUAUAAUUAUAUGAACUGUAAAAGUAAACCAGAAAGCACUGAAGAAUCAAGUGAUAAAUCAUUGUUGGUCGAAAUCCAAGAUGGACUUUGGGAAGCCACGACUAGGUUUAUGGAUGACAGUGACGAGAGUCCCUUUCCUGUGUCAAACUGGUUUGGUUUAAAACAAUAUUUAAUGUUGUAUCCUAAUGUAGCACUUGUUGAAGGUAGUUUAAUUAAACUGGUUAUGAGUAGUUUAAACAUAGCAUUUGCAAAUGUUGAUUGUGGUGUACCUUUAUUUGUUAAGAUAAGAGAACACUGGCAACAUACUUAUUUAGGAUUCUAUGAAGACAAUGAAUAUAAGAUAAGCUUUGACACUAUUCAUUUAAAGAGGAUAUCCAAUCAGUGCUCCCACUUAACUGGCCUCGUUGGAUUAUUUAAGUCAAAAAUUGCUUCACCAGUGGCAUUGGAUGCUGUUGUUGUUUCAACAAAGUUUUCAUAUGAAUUGAAAGAUUUAGAUGCUUUUGCAUGGGGUCAGCGAACACAGUCAAACGAGUUUUUGUCUAUAGAUGGUUUUGAUGUAAAGAAGUUGAUUGAACUGCCAUUUGGCUGUGAUAAGAACCCCACAAAAAGUGUUUUACUUAAUGCAAUAUGGCCAAAAUUUAGAGAAUGCACAAUAGUGGAAUCAUCUACGUUUUCAGAUAUCGAUCCAUUAAUGGCACCAACCUGGACUCUAACUUUAAAGAUGAGAGAAAAUAUAAAUUUCCAAUUGUCAGAAUUAAUAGGGAAGGUGAUGGAACUCUUAGAUAAUUCUUAUCUAUUAAUGGACACUCUUGGCUUGAGUAAAAGUCUAGGACUAGUUAACCCAUUAAACAAGAUUACAGAAGCUCCUAUUACUAUAUCCAAAUUGGUGAAGGCUGCAAUGGGUCAUGGUCGUCAUACAUCUGAAUUCAAGGGGCCUAUAUCAGAUGAACUGUUAAUGCCCCUUUUAUACUAUAUAUUUCCUGAUGCUGUUGAAGAUGGCACUCAUAUUUAUCCUCCUCAUUUGAAAAUGGAAUUUAAACAGGAUGGUAAUGAAUCUAAGCUAUGCAGCUAUGUAAAGAGUAGCCCUGAAGAUUGCCUCGUCUGGAGAUUAUCAGUAACUGCAGCGAAACUGCAUGAUGCUGGUGGCCUUUCAUAUUUAGCACAUUUGUGGUAUGAAUUCAUUCAAGAGCUGCAGUAUAGGUGGGAGAUGCAAAUACCAGUUCCUGGCAUUGCAGAAGGCACACCUAAUGCGCGCACAUGCUUACUUCAUCAAAAACUACAACUUCUCAACUGCUGCAUCAAACGUACCAUGGAAGGUAACGUUAACACAACCGGUCAUUCUUCUGAGGAAGAGUUCUUCGACUGCUCAGAAGGCGAAGGAGCAGAGGAGCAACCUCCCUGGGAUCGGCCUGUCGGCAGACUGCAUCGACUCGGUGAAGCCACACUGAAAAAUGGCGCGCCGCUAUAUGUACCCCGAACACAAGAUCCAGCUCCGAAGACUGAAGAUCAAUUAGAAGAGGACGCCGAGUUAAUGGUGCGCUUGGGAGACGAUGCAAAGGCUUCCGAGCUGCGAGCUCGAAUGAUGAGUGCUUCACUUCUCUCGGAUAUGGAAGCGUUCAAAGCGGCGAACCCUGGUGCAGAAUUAUGCGAUUUCGUUCGUUGGUAUUCCCCACGAGACUGGAAGUCUGAUGAUGGAGGUGCCUUAGGUGAACGAAUGCUCCUGCCCGGAAAUCCUUGGGUUGAAGCUUGGAACGUUGCUCGUCCGGUACCGGCCUCGCGACAGAGACGACUUUUCGAUGAAACUCGGGAAGCGGAACAGAUUCUACAUUUUCUACGAUCCCGCACGGUUAGCGGAGUGGCAGAAUUAUUACUUCCCGCGAUUAUACGAGCAGGAGCGUUGAGAGCUACCCAAGAAGGGGCGAUAGGAAGUAGCGCGUCGGUGGGAGGUGUCGACGCGCGCCGAACGUUUGAGAUAGCUGUAAGAGAGCUGUAUGAGGCUGAGAAAGAAGCUUGCAGAAUGCUUUGUCGACGCAAGGUGCUGGGUGGCGGUGAGGAGGGACAGGCGUUGGACGCGGCGGAGAGGGCUCGCGUGCUACGCGCGGCGGGGGGAGUGCUGCCGGCGGUGGCGCGGCGCGAGUUCACGCUGCGGGUGCGGGACGCGACGGCGCCGCAACUCAUGCGCGCCGCACUCGCCGACGACAUCACCAUCGUCGGUGCCUUUACUGAACGUAUCGUCUGUUUGUAGACACACACAACAGGGAUACGUUUAUUUAAAAUUCAUAAAGUGAGAAUGAUGUGUUUUCUUGUGAGUCCGCGCGGGUAGGUACCACUAUUUCUGUCGUGAAGCAG